GUCCCUGGAAGCGGGGAGCCGGGGUGGUUCUGGGCAAACGGCGCAGAGCCAUCGCCCCAAGGCUCCCGGGGUGGGGGACAGGUGUUUGAGCCCACAUCAGUCAUGGCGGGACGACCCAUCCGUAUAGGAGACCAGCUGGUUCUGGAGGAAGAUUAUGAUGAGACCUAUAUUCCCAGUGAGCAAGAAAUUCUUGAAUUUGCCCGAGAGAUUGGUAUUGAUCCCAUCAAGGAACCAGAACUGAUGUGGCUGGCACGGGAGGGCAUUGUGGCCCCACUGCCUGUGGAAUGGAAACCAUGCCAGGACAUCACAGGUGAUAUUUAUUAUUUCAACUUUGCCAAUGGGCAGUCCAUGUGGGACCAUCCGUGUGAUGAGCACUAUCGGAACUUGGUGAUCCAAGAGCGAGGGAAGCUGUCAACUUCUGGGGCCAUUAAGAAGAAAGACAAGAAAAAGAAAAAGGAAAAGAAAGAAAAGAAGGACAAAGAGACCUCCCAAAGUCCCCUGGCUCUGGGUUCUUCGUUAGCCCCAGUCCACAUUCCUCUUGGGGGCCUGGCUCCUUUGCGAGGCCUCAUGGAUCCCCCGCCCUUUGCUCUUCGAGGACCUCAAAGCGCGAGCCUGGGGAGCUCAGCGGAGUCCCGUCAGCUUGGAGAACUCCCGCUGCCUCCACAGGGUCUGAAGACUUCUGCGUAUACAAAGGGCCUCUUGGGCUCCAUCCAUGAGGACAGGAAUGCUCUCAGCCUCUUGGGCUUAGGGGAGGAGACCAAUGAGGAGGAUGAAGAGGAAAGUGACAACCAGAGUAUCCGCAGCUCCAGUGAGCUUCUUAAGAACCUGCACCUGGACCUUGGGACCCUGGGGGGAGACUUUGAGUAUGAGGAGUCUCCAAGAACAAGUCAUCCAGAGGAGAAGAAGGAUGUUUCUCUUGAUUCAGAUGCUGCUGGCCCCCCUACUCCCGGCAAACUCUUCAGCCAAGGUGGAGAUAGCAGUCUGAGCAGUUCUGGUGGCAAAGAGCCACAGGAAAGAGGGGCGAGUCCUUGGUUUCCAGAAAAAGAAGAGAAUAAGAAGAGUGAUCCUGGGGCUUCCACAAGUCUGAUGACACCUGGGGUGGACCAUGGAGGUGAUCAGCCUGCCAAGUCCUCUGAAAAGGAGCCACUGGAGGACCCAGUUGAUGCAGGAGAGGAUUCCAGGAAGGAAGAGGCAACAAAUGAGCCAAAGAAAGAGACUUCUGUCCCAAAAGAAAACAGAUCAGAUGCCAGUGAAGAGUCGAAGAUUAAUGAGCAUGUGAAAGAACCAAACCUCUCUGAUUCCGUGACUUCUGACCCCAAGUCCUUCUUUGGCCUGGACUUUGGUUUUCGCAGCCGGAUCUCAGAGCGCCUGCUGGGUAUUGAUGUAAUUUCCCCAGUUCUGGAUGGAGCCUGUUGGGAGGCCCAGAGGUUAGGAAGAGACGACUCAGAUACCAGCCAGUGCAGCCAAGAUGAACAGCAUAGCAAACAAUCCAAAGGCUCCGAGAGGUUAUCUCCUCCACUUCUGCAUGGGGAGCAGCUCCAGAGUUCCCUUUACAACCAGGCCACUGAAGGAGGGCCUCCACAGAUUCCCAAGGGACAACCUGAGUGGGAGGAAGUGGAGGAGCCUAGAGAGGACUCUGGAGCCAGCCACACACCACUGGUGUCUGUCCUGAGGGAACAGCCCCCGAGCCCACCUGUGGUCCAUGAGAGGGGCAAGGAGCAGCAUUCCCAGGCUGAGGAGCCAUGCCCUGGGCAAGAAAAGACUGAGGACUCUGAGGAAAAGGUGGUGGUCAGCCCCACCUCGACAGUCUCUCUAGAAGUGAGAUAUGCAGAGCCUCUGGCUCUCCCAAAAGAGCUUUCUGAGGCUGCACUAAAGGCCAUGGAAGAGGCAGUGGCCCAAGAACUCAAAGAAGAUCAGAGGUUACUGCUGGAAUUGCAGCAAAAGAAGAUGCAGCAGCUUCGGGAGAAGCUGUGGCAAGAGGAGGAGGAGGAGAUUGUCCAGCUUCACCUGCAGAAGGAGAAAACCCUCAGUUCCCUGAAGGAGCAGCUGCAGAAGGCCACUGAGGAGGAAGAGGCUCGGAUGAGAGAGGAGGAAGGCCAGAGGCUGUCCCAGCUCAGAGCCUGGGUCCAAUCCAGCACAGAAGCAGAUGAGGAACAAAUCAGGGCUGAGCAAGAGGCUUCCCUGAAAAGGCGGAGAGAAGAAUUAGAGUCCCUACAGAAAGCUGAGAUGGCCAGUUUGGAGCAGAAAAGCAAGUGGACAUUGGACCAACUCAAGGAAGAGCUGGAGGCUUCAGAGAAGAGAGCUGAGGCCACCCUUAAGGCUGAGAAGGAGGUGGCUCUGCAGCAGCUGAAGGAGCAGCUGGAAGCGGAGAGGAGAGAAGCGAUGGCAGGGCUGGAGAAGUCGCACAGUGCUGAGCUGGAGCAACUUUGUUCCUCACUGGAGGCCAAGCACCGGGAGGUGGUCUCUGGCCUCCAGAAGAAGAUAGAGGAAGCUCAUCAGAAAGAAGAAGCCCAGCUGCGGGAGAGUCUUGGGUGGGCAGAGCAGAGAGCUCACCAGAAGGCUCACCAGGUGGUGGAGUAUGAGCAAGAGCUCAGCAGCCUCCUGCGAGAAAAGCGCCAGGAGAUAGAAAGGGACCAUGAAAGGAAGAUGGACAAGAUGAAGGAGGAGCAUCGGCAAGUGAUGGCAGAGGCCAGAGAGCGGUAUGAAGCUGAGGAGAGGAAGCAGCGGGCUGACCUCCUGGGGUACCUGACUGGAGAGCUGGAGCGCCUGCGCAGGACCCACGAGCGGGAAUUAGAGACCCUGAGGCAGGAGCAGGACCAGCAGCUGGAGGACCUGCGGCGUCGGCACCGAGAGCAGGAAAGGAAACUCCAAGAUUUGGAGAUGGAACUUGAAAGCAGAACAAAAGAUAUCAAGGCCAGAUUGGCUCAGCUGAACAUCCAGGAAGAAACCUUGCAGAAGGAGAAGCAGCAGCUGCUUGAUGUGCAGAGGCAGGUGGCUCUGGAGAGAGAGGAAGUCACAGUCAACCAUCAGCACCUAGAGGAAGUGAAGAAGGAGCAUACCCACUUGAUGGAGUCCAAGCGACAACUCCAAAGGGUUCUCGAAGAGCUGCAGGCCCGCAAGAUAGAGCUGGAGUCCCAAGUGGAUCUGCUGCAGAUGCAGAGUCAGAAGCUGCAGAAGCGUGUCAGCAGCCUGGAGGCUGAAGCUCAGAGGAAGCAGGACAUCUUGAAAGAGUUGGCAGUGGAGGAACGUAAUGUUUCCCCACAUUUUGAGCCAGAUCUCCACAUUGAGGACCUGAGGAAAUCCCUUGGGACAAACCAGACCCAAGAUGUGUCCUCUUCUCUGUCCCAGGGCAAGGAGACUAACUUGUCCUUGGACGGUAUCCGCCAGUACCUCUCCGCCGAGGGGAUAGCCCUCCGCAAUGCCAAGGAGUUCCUGAUGCGACAGACACGCUCCAUGCGGAGGCGGCAGACAGCCCUGAAAGCUGCCCAGCAGCACUGGUGCCACAAGCUGGCCAGAGCCCAGGAUGUGGCUGAUGACCCUCCAGGCACUGAGGCUCUACAAAAUAUGCGCAAGAACCUGGAGGAGGAGACCAGGUACCUGGAUGAGAUGAAGUCAGCCAUGAGGAAAGGCCACGGUCUGCUGAAGAAGAAAGAAGAGAAGCUGAAUCAGCUGGAGUCCUCCAUUCGGGAAGAGGCCUCAGAUGAAGACACUUUGAGAGGAACCCCCACCAAGAAGGCAGUGACCUUUGAUCUCAGUGACACAGAAGACACAAGCAGUGAAAGCUCAGAAUCCUUUCCCCUGCUUCACAGUGAGCCAUGGCGGCAGCAGGGAGUUACCUCCACCUCGGGUACCAUCUUCCCCAAUAAGAUCAAUUACUUGAGCAGCUCCCUCCAGCGGAUCAGCAGUGAGCUCAACAGUGUCCUCAACAUUCUGGGCAGCCUCAGCACCCAGCCACCCCCUUUGUUCUCCAAUUCCUGGCCAUCUCAGUUCUUGCCGCGGUCUUCCAAGAGUACCCCACUUCCCUCCUACCCCUUUAUGAACAGGGUUCCAUCCUCGUCUCCGGUUACACCCGUGUCCACCCAGUGGGCCUGGGACCCAGGGCUGGGCCCCCGGCUCCCCUCUGUGACUCAGACAGUGGAUGACUUCCUUUUGGAGAAGUGGCGCAAGUAUUUUCCCUCUGGCAUCCCCCUGCUCAGCAACAGCCCUACCACCACGGAGAACCGCCUGGGCUAUGUGUCUGCCAGUGAGCAGCUCCGCCUUCUGCAGCACAGCCAUUCCCAAGUCCCCAAGGCAGACAGCACCAAUUUUCAGAGCAUGAUUGAUGCUAACCGCAAGUGGCUAGAGCGUUUCAAGAAUGACUCCAAAUCACAUGUUUUUUCCUCGGUGCCCAAGCCAACAGCCACUUCCAGCAUGAUGUUGCAGCUGGGCCUGGAUGACGACAACAUCCUGCACGUAUACCACUACUGAGUGCCCAGUCGGCAUGGGGAGACUCCUCCCCCUCGGGAUCCAGGCCCAGGGAGCCACCUGUACUUCCUGCUUCUGAGAAAGCACUCUCCUGUUUGCUCUGCUGCACCCCUUAGGACCUGAAAGAACCACAGGGCUGGGUGUGGGUGGAAAGGAUGGUAUGACUCAAAUAGUAAGCCAUACUCUGUGACCAUGGCCCAUGUUUUGACCUGAAGUGUGUGAGCUUCUUUGAGCUCCUGCAUCAACAUGGCAGCACUGAUGGGCAUGGCUGCUGCUGGGCCUGCUCAGGGAUGGAAGGCAGUUCUCUUCAGAGCCAAGGGAUCCCUCCAGAGCCACCCUGGUCCCUUGGACCUUCAGGGACCUGCUUAGAGGUUCCCAGCACACCUGUACCCUGGGACCUGGCUCCUGUGGCCUGCACCUAUCUCCAGUACCUCAGCCUCGGAGAGGUCAAAUCCUUUCUUUGUUCUUUUGUCUUUUUUUGUUUUUGUUUUUAAUGUCUCCUUUUUUGAACAUUCUUUCCCUCCUAGUGACUGUCUCAGGAUUUGGUUCAGCUGCUCAGGCCCUGCCGGAGGCUGGACCCCAGAAGUUUUGCCUCUUUUCUCUCAGCCAGCACUGUGCUUUCCUCAGGGCUGUCUUCAGGAGCACCCUCCAAUUCCCUGAAGUUCCUGGGAGCCCUCCAGCCAGCGUCUCAGGUCCCAAGCACACCACUUCUUCAGGAAGCCAAAAACCAAAACGAAAAACACCCGCAGGAAAAGACUGGGAUGGCCUCUGGUCCUCAUCUUGCUUUCUCUCUCUUUCUAGAGUACCUCCGGUGCAUUCAUGGACUUGGUUUCUACCUGUCUUUUCUACCUUGCCGCCCCCUGCCCCAAUCCCACUGCUACCUCUUCCCAGAGCUUAGUGUGAAGACUGGACCAGUGCCCAGCAUUGUCAGGGGGGCCUCAUACCAGGUGGAGCUGCUGUUCUCAGGCAUCUGUCCCAUUGUUUAAACAAAGUGUCCCCAUUUUUCAUGUCUUGAAAGCUGUGGGGUUGCCCUUGCCAGAGAAACCAACACUCGCUGUCUCACCACUCAUUUCUUUGCCAUGGAAUAAGACUGAGAUCCAGUUGGCUUUUUUACCCCCUCACAUAUGUUUUAGGCAUCAGCCUACCACAUAGAAAAUGUCCUAUUUGUUAUUUGGCUUAUUCUAUGUGCUUUGGGAAUAGCUCAUGUGAUACGACCAGCUCUGGUGACAAUCCUGUGUUUUAUGCAUCAAUUAAAAUCUCUGCAGGUCCAUUUUCUACAA